AUGAUUAUGAAAGCUGCUCAGUUUAAAGCUGGUGGACCAGAAGGUAUAUACAUAGAUGAUGUUCCUGUCCCUAAACCAUUACCUAAUGAAAUUUUGAUAAAAGUUAUGGCUACAGCCAUUAACAGAGCUGAUACGUUGCAGAGAAAAGGUCUUUACCCACCACCACCAGGUGCUAGUGAUAUUUUAGGAUUAGAAGCUGUUGGAAUCGUACAGCAACUGGGUACUGAUAGCGGUAAAUGGAAAGUAGGCGACCGCGUUAUGGGUUUAUUGCCAGGAGGUGGGAACGCAGAAUAUGUAGCAGCCCAUGAAGAUUUAUUCCUUAAAUUACCCCAAUCGUUAGAUUUCCUUACUGCUGCAGCUAUACCAGAGGUUUGGUUAACAGCAUUCCAAUUACUACAUACUAUAGGAAAAGUACAAAAGGGUGAAACUGUCUUGAUUCAUGGAGGUGGAAGUGGUGUCGGUACAGCUUUAACUCAACUGGUAAAACUAGCGGAUGCUAUACCUUUUGUAACAGCUGGUACUCAAGAAAAAUUAGAUAAAGCCAAAAGUCUGGGUGCAUUUGCUGGUUUUAAUUAUAAAAAUGAAACAUUUGGUGGAAAAGUCAUCGAAAUUACUGCUGGAAAAGGAGCCAAUAUCAUAUUAGAUUGUGUCGGCGGGUCUUUCUACGAGGAUAACAUCGAAGCAGUUGCUGUUGACGGUCGUUGGAUAGUGUAUGGUUUGAUGGGUGGAGGAAAUAUAAAUGGCGAUUUUCUGAGUAAAUUGUUAAGAAAAAGAAUAACUAUAACUGGGACUACAUUACGUGCAAGAUCCGUUCAGUACAAAAAAGAAUUAAUAGAUAAUUUUUCAAAAAUGGUGCUUCCUAAUUUUGAAUCAGGAAAACUACAGGUUGUAAUAGAUACUGUUAUGCCUUUAUCUAAUCUGGCAGAGGCACACAGUUUGAUGGAAGCAAAUAAGAACAACGGUAAAAUAAUUAUACAAGUCGAUGAGAAUUUGAAUAAAGAUGAACUUUAG